GGUGAACUCAAAACCAAGAUGCACUUGCUGACUAGUUCUUUUUAUGGUUUCCAGGCAAGUAAUUCCAUGCAGGUGAUGCAACAGAACCAAGAUCAGGCAGAGUCAUUGAAAGCCAAUUCAGCCUUUAUAUUCAAGGACUGGUCAUCAAAGAAGGGGGUCUACAAAACCAAAUUACUCCAAGAGGGCAUCAACCUCAUGUGGUUCUCAAAUUGGAACGACGAGGGCCUCAUCUACCAUAAGUACUUCAAUCCCUUUCCUGUUAGAGCUCUCACACUUAUCAAAUGUUGUAUCAACGAGUGGCUGCAAGGCAUCAAAGAAGACAUCAAGUUCACAUCCACUACAUAUGGACCUGUCUACCGCACCUUACAAACUCCUUGA